AUGACUCAAUUACAUCACGAGCGGUUCGAUGACUUGGUAGCAAGUAAAGAAAAAGGUUGUAUUUCGUGCAACUGGUUGUUUGACGAAUAUACUCUGCGGAACGAAGGUAUCCAGCAAAAAGAUAUGGAGGGUUUCCACACCACAGCUACAAAGAAUACGCACUCAGAUUCUAUCUCGUUUCAUACAGUCGUCUCGUGGGCUGUUAACUUUACAGUGGAGGUAUCGGUGAAAUCUAAGCCUGAGGUCUCACGAGCCUUAGACUCCCGGCCCUGGGAGAAGUUAGAAAUAUCUACGGACUCCUCGGUUUCUAUAGGUCAGAUAGAAUCUUGGCUAUCUCUUUGCGAUGGGACUCAUAAAUUUUGUCGCAAUGAUGACUCAACAUCGUUUUUUCCAACCCGCCUGAUCGACGUCAACGAAAUCGAACAAGGUAAGGUGCAUCUCAGAAACCAUGCGGAAAUUAUAACACAAGAAGGUCUCCAAAACUUUGCUGGAACAGAGACCUCAAAGAAGCUGAAAGAUCAGUGUUACGCUUACUGGACUCUAUCUCAUCGAUGGGGUGACCCGAAGAAGAUUCUGAAACUCAUGCAUGAAAACGAAUAUCAAUUCAAAAAUGGGCUGUCUUUGACUGCUAUAUCGAAGACUUUUCAAGAUGCAAUGUGGAUAGUCCACCGUCUGAAUUACAGAUAUAUCUGGAUUGAUUGUUUUUGCAUUUUUCAAGACUCGAUUGAAGACUGGCAAAAAGAAGCAGCAGAAGUACCUCGCAUUUACAGAAACUCGUUCUGUAACAUCUCAGCAAUUUCAUCGUCAUACGAGCCAAUAAGUACGCUUUUCAACGACGGACGAAACCCUAGACUCUUGUUUCCUUUCUCAUUGGAACUUGUCGCCGAAAAUGGCCAAGCAACAUACAUUAUCAACAGAAAGAGUCUGUGGAAGGAUGAAAUCGAGAAUUCACCUCUCAGUACUCGUGGAUGGGUUGUACAGGAGAGGUUUCUAGCUCCCAGAAUAAUCCACUUCGGCACAAGCCAAAUUUUCUGGGAAUGCCUGGAGAAUACAAAUUGCGAGGCCGACCCGGAUGGUCGAAUUGGGACCAUUGAUGAUAUGGGCACCAACCGUCUAAGAUCCGGAAUGACUGCAUACAAAGAGUCCCUUAAAGAGCUCACAUUAUUAUCUUCAACAUUUCGUGCCUCGAAAUUGGAUCGUAACAACAUCAACUGGGAACGCGGCUACGUCGGCCAACUUGCGCUUUACACAGAGCGACUUCUCUGGAGAAAGAUGAUCAAUAUCUACACCGACUGCAACCUCACCGAGCAGUCCGACCGACUCAUCGCUAUGGCUGGCAUUGCAAAAGCCUUUCAUAAUGUUACCCUUUCGACAUACCUGGCUGGACUGUGGCAGCAUACUCUACCAGCAGACCUUCUCUGGCAAUCCAAUGCCUCCGAUGGCAGCAUGGUGCAACGUCAAAACCUCUAUGUUCCCUCCUGGAGUUGGGCAUCGGUGUUUGGAGGGAGUGUCUCUAUAUAUGCGUACACCCGCUUUGGCGGCGAUGCCGAGCCUAAGAUUGAAUUGAUCGCCUCGAGAUUGGAGUCGCUGAGACCCGGCGGUGACCUUAUGGGUUUACUCAGACGGGCAGAGCUCGAGAUCAAAUGUGUUCUUCUCUAUUACCGGUGGAAUGGGAAUUCGCAAAGCUUGGAUCUCUUCGCUAAUGAAUCAAGAACCCAACCCGCAUUUCAUGGGGGUCGCAUAUGGGGCAGGCAUUUGAGAUUGGACACAUAUGAGUUGGUUCAAAAGUUCAAACAUCAACUUUUUAUUGAGGGAGAAUGUAUUCCGAUCACUGUUGGAAGGGAGGCCUAUGGUUCUUCAACGUGUAAAUUUCUGGUUGUUGAGAACGCGUCGGGAAGGAAUUAUCGAAGGGUAGGAGUAUAUGAAGUAGGGGAACAAGGAGCACACUCUGUGAUUGACGGAAAGGAGCGCACAGUUGUCACUCUUGUUUAA